AUGUGGACGCGUUACGCGAGUGCGUGGCUUCUGCUGGGCAGUGACUUGAGCUGUCGCAACUUGCUCUUCGAGACCCAUUGGUUCAAUGCCGAGAGUAGCCAGCGCUCGCUGCGGGAGACACCGGCGCGGGCAAGCAAUCUGGAACUUUGCCCGGCAUACAACGGCCAGGUGACGUGCUGUCAGAGUGGCUUGGAACAUGAGCAAGCGCUGCACUUCGCCUACUGGAAGCAGAUCUUCAAAGGCAAGAUCGCUUGGGUGAAGCUGGCGAAGGAGGCCACCCUGGAGGUCAAGGACGAUCCUGCCUUCCGGGCCGCCAGCGAGGAGGAGCGCUUAUGCCACGCCACGCCGCCGCGUCGCACGCGGAAGGUCCUUGAUCCUGCUGCGGGACAUGGCCGCUGCAUGUCCUCCCUCCUGCUCUACACCGCUGGCAUGAUUUGCUUUGCGUGUGAUGCGCACUGGAAGCAGGAGGUCCACAUUGAGAAGGAGAAACUCUUGAGGGUUCUCAUUCCAGAGGGCAACUGCGUGGAGCUUUGGACCGAGUGUCAAGACUUUGGCCGUGAAGCCCGAGAGCUCUUCGAGGCCAUCUUGGACUCGUCGUUGGCGAUACGCUCUCGAUGGCCCUUGGAGUAUUUGCACAUGCACCACGGCCCGAAGAAAACGGCCCGAAGAAACCGCGUGUUCCUGUGA